AUGGCAAAGCUUAUUCUCCUCACAGCUCUGGCACUUCUGCUGAAUGUUCAGCUAGGUUCUGCUUACCAGCUGACAUGCUACUUCACUAACUGGGCCCAGUAAGGGCCAGGCCUGGGGUGCUUUAAGCCUGAUGACAUUGACCCCUGUCUAUGUACUCACCUGAUCUAUGCCUUUGCUGGGAUGUGGAGCAACGAGAUCACCGCCACUGAAUGGGACAAUGUGACUUUUUACCAAGCUUUCAAUGGCCUGAAAAACAAGAACAGCCAGCUUAAAACUCUCCUGGCCAUUGGAGGCCGGAACUUUGGAACUGCCCCUUGCCUUCUUUGGGUCUCCCUCGGCUUCACUGCCAUGGUUUCCACGCCUGAGAACCGCCAGACUUUCAUUGCCUCAGUCAUCAGAUUCCUGUGCCAGUAUGAGUUUGAUGGGCUGGACUUUGACUCGGAGUACCCUGGCUCUUGUGCGAGCUCUCCUCAGGACAAACAUCUCUUCGCCAUCCUAGUGCAGGAAAUGCGUGAAGCUUUUGAGCAGGAGGCCAAGCAGAUCAACAAGCCCAGGCUAAUGAUCACUGCUGCAGUAGCUGCUGGCAUCUCCAACAUCCAGUCCAGCUAUGAGAUCCCCCAGCUGGCCCAGUACCUGGACUACAUCCACAUCAUGACCUAUGACCUCCAUGGCUCCUGGGAGGGCUACACUGGAGAGAACAGCUCCCUGUACAAAUGCGAGACUGACACUGGCAGCAACGCCUACCUCAGUGUGGAUCACAUCAUGAACUACUGGAAGGACAAUGGGGUCCCAGCCGAGAAGCUCAUCGUUGGAUCCCCCACCUAUGGCCACACCUUCGUCCUGAGUGACUCCUGCAACACUGGCGUUGGUGCCCCCACCUCUGGCGCUGGUCCUAGGCCCUACACCAGGCAGGCUGGGUUCUGGGCCUACUAUGAAAUCUGUACCUUCCUGAAAAAUGGAGCCACUCAGGCAUGGGAUGUUCCUCAGGGUGUGCCCUACGCCGAUCAGGGCAACGAGUGGGUUGGUUAUGAUGAUGUCAAGAGCUUCUGUCUCAAGGCUCAGUGGCUUAAGGAGAACAAUUUUGGAGGUGCCAUGGUCUGGGCCAUUGACCUGGAUGACUUCACAGGCACUUUCUGCAACCAGGGCAAGUUCCCCCUGAUCAACACCCUGAAGAAAGCUCUUGGGCUGCAGAGUGCAAGUUGCACUGCCCCUGCUCAGCCCGUGGAACCCAUAACUCCUACUCCCAGGAGCUGAAGUGGAGGCGGAAGUGGGAGCGGAAGUGGGAGCGAGCCCAGCUCUGGAAGCAGCUCUGGGGGCAGUUCUGGGGGCAGUGGAUUCUGUGCCAGAAAAGCCAACGGCCUCUACCCUGUGGCGAAUAACAGAAAUGCCUUCUGGCACUGCCUGAAUGGAGUCAGGUACCAGCAGAACUGCCAGGCCAGGCAUGUCUUUGACACCAGCUGUGAUUGCUGCAACUGGGCAUAA